AUGGCGUGUUUUACACGGUACUUCCUUGUCGGACUUCUGGUUAUCACCCCUGCCUUAUACUCAGGUGGAGUCGAUGUGGCCAUCCUGAACCAGUAUCCGCUUGUCCCUCACCUGCGUGUAGAAUCUGGAAGUAAUGUCGCAGAUGACAGAUCCAGUGUGCUGACCUGUAUCACAGACGGGACGGUACAGGGUUCUACUUCGGAUUCAGACUUCUAUAUCAAGGUAGAAUACUCACCAGGAGGAAACACUUUCACAGCGAGAAGGUCAACAGUAACAAUCCCAUCGUCUUUGGCACCAACAAAGGUGCAGGCGACAAUAAAUCCCGCCAAUAACGAUAACGAAAGAAAAGAAGCCAUCGGGGUUUUCUCCUGCAGUGGAACUAAAGACGGGGUGACCAGGGAGGUGUCUACUGUCAAAAUUCUUAAUACAGCCUGCCUGAAGCCCCUCGCCUACACCUAUCGUGCAACAGUAGGUGAUGAGGUCAGGAUAAAGGUCACAACGACGUCAUGGUGUUACCCAAACUCGAUAGGUAGGACCAGUAUCGUGCUUAGGAGAACAGACGGGACAGCAGCCGCGUCAACUCCACAUGGAUAUCAACCCGGGGAGCACGAGUUAGUUCUCAACAGUGUGACCGCAGCGGACGACGGGACCUACGUCGUCAAGUACAAUGAUAUGUCAGACACAGAUAAACUAGCGAGCUACAUCAGACUAACAGUUUCAGCCUGCUCCCCAGACCGCUCGGGCCCUGACUGCUCCCUCCCCUGCCUGUGUUAUCACGGAGGUCGGUGUGACCAGGACGGUUCCUGUAUAUGUCCACCGGGGUUCUAUGGAGACAACUGUGAACUAGCCUGUCCGCAGUCCUCCCAGUACGGCCAGUCGUGCCAGUGGUCCUGUGAGGUUAAUGCCGAUAGGACCUGCCAGAAGUCCCUCAUCUGUCUGCCGGAUCCUUACGGCUGUGAGUGCGCCAACGGGUACAAGGGGUUCGACUGUGAUACAACAUGUGGUAGGAAUGAGUACGGUCCAGGCUGUACACAGACGUGUGUCUGCAAUAACGGAGGGAUAUGUGACGUCAAUAAAGGCUGUCUGUGUACAGGAGAUUGGAGAGGUCCAAGUUGUGAAGAAAAGAAAUUCCGUAUCUCAUUGCUGCCCAUGACGGUUCACAUCAUAAAUGCUGCGUCCACCUCCGCUAACGUCACCUGCAGUUGUCACCCCUGGACUACUGAUGACUGUCCUGACAUGAGGUUAGAGUAUAAUGUGACUCAGGUCACUCCUACAGCUGAGACCUCGGAGUCAGCCCGUCAGAAAACUUGGAGCUUCACUCCACCGACAGUGCUGGGAGAUGUGGAACUUAACUGUGCUGUUGACUACAACGGGGUGAGGUAUUCUUACAGGAGCAUGAUAACAGUGACAGGCCGUGCCCCGUCCAUUACAGAAGACCCCGCGAACAACAUCGAGGUAAACACCGGGCAGGACGUGACCAUAACGUGCGCUGCGGACGGUGACCCUGCUCCAACCCGGGACAACUUUCUCCUGAGAAACCUGAGAACUGGAAGAGAUCUUCAACCGUCGAGUGCGGCAUCGUCUGGGGACGAAUUGAGGGCAACGUUCGACAUUACCGGCGUGACAGCCUCAGAGGAAGGACACUACGACUGUAGAGUACAAACCAUAGCAGGGUCGAGCAUUUCUCAUCGUGCCUACAUAGACGUGAAAGUCCAGCCAGUUCCAAAAGAGCCACCGACAGCGACAGAGACCGGGUUUUUGUAUGUCAUCGUCGGCUUGAACAUUGCGACCUUUGACGGAGAUGGGCCGAUAGUCGACACGUUAUUGCUGCACAGAAAGCUUCCAUCAGGCAGCUGGACAGAAACUCCUGUGUCCAACCGCUCAAUCCCAUAUCGGUUGGACGGCUUGACACGUGAAACUGAGUACGAGUUAGCCGUGGUUCUGACGAGGCCCGGCGUUGGAGGCCGGGGUGCGAUGGGACCGUCCGUCUCAAUUACAACACAUCCUCCAGUUGAUGGAGGCUGGUCACCGUGGACCGACUGGCCCCCUUGUAGUGUAACCUGUGGUAACGGCACCAGGACCAGAACCCGGACAUGUGACAACCCCAUUCCUGCAUACAGCGGACGGGACUGUGAGGGAGCAGCGAGUGAGACACAGACAUGUCAGGAUCAACCUGCUUGUCCAACAGGUUCUUGA